GCGACCCAACGGGGCAGAGGCGCUCGGCCCCUUGGCCUGGCUGGGCGGUCCCGGGGCGGAGUGAGCGCAGCGGCGCGUCGGUGGCGGCCCCGGAACGGGCAGUCCAAGCAUGGAGCGAGUGACUCAGAAAAUGUCCGGGCUGCAGUUUAACCUGGGACCCGCCAAGGAGCCGCUGGGCUUCAUCAAGGCCCUGGAAUGGUUUUUUGCCAUCUUUGCAUUUGCCACCUGUGGCGGUUACAGCGGGACUACAAAAAUCAACGUACAUUGUCUCAAAGGCGAAAACCUGACCGCUAAGGCAGAUUUUGGAUAUCCUUUCAGGUUGCACAAAGUUCCGUUCAACUUCCCAGAUAAGAAAGACUGCAAUGGCACUGCGACCCAGCCGUUCGUCCUGGUGGGUGACUUCUCGUCCUCAGCUCAGUUCUUCGUGACCUUUGCUGUCUUCGUGUUCCUGUACUGCAUUGCUGCCCUGGUGGUAUACCUGUGUUUCUUACACCUGUAUCGGGGUGCUGGUAAACUCCCCAUGAUUGACUUUAUUAUCACCGUUGUCGUCUCUUUCUUGUGGCUGGUAAGCACAUCUGCCUGGGCAAAGGGUCUCACGGAUAUCAAAACGUCCACCGGCGCCGGCCUUGUAGAUGAAUUCCCGUAUUGUAAUCCUGGGAAAUGUAGUUUUGAAGAUGUCAGAAGUUUGGGAUCCUUGAAUGUCUCUGUGGUUGUCGGCUUCCUCAACCUGAUUCUGUGGGCAGGAAACGCUUGGUUUGUCUACAAGGAAACCAACCUGCAUCGCGCUCCAGCUACCGAGCCCCCGAACCCGGCCCACCCACCAAUUCCCACGGGGAUGUAAAGAAAUUGAGAAGUCACCCAGUAAGGAGCGGAAGCCUCUCUCAAGCACUGUGCCCACCACAGUUCUGUUUUGUUUUGUAAAUCCCUUCCCCAUCAUCAGCUGAUCUUGGUGAAAAAUGGGUGGGUUCCCCCCCUCCCCCCAAAAAAGCCUAUGCCUGAGAUGAUGGAAUGAAGCUGUGCCUUAUGCCUCUGGGGGAAAAGGUCAAAAAUCAGGAAAUGUAUCUUAUUAAUUUCUGUUCUUUGCAGAUCCAACAUUUUGCAUCCUCCAAGAGCUGGGUUUCCAGCCAAUGCAGACCAGCACAACUUGUUUAACUGUAGCCCAGUUGUGCUGUGCUGCUCUGAGUUGAUGCUGUCAUCCAGACAAAUCCAUUUGUUUGAGUCAUAGCCAAGGGUUGUACAUAAUGCUUGCAGAUCAGCCUUGUUUGGGUGGGGGCUGAUAUGCUGAUGUUUUUCUGCAGAGCGAACAGCCAAAACGCUUGUUUGACUGAAUGUUUGUAUAUCAGAAACUUGUCAACAGUUUGAUAACUCCUCGAUAACUCAAGGGAUUCGAUGGGAGGUGAAAAGCUCUGUAAAUAGUCGCAGCCAGGAAUUUGCACUCAGAUUCAAAUAAAAAGCCCCGGGGAAUCGAAAUGAAAGUUAGCUCCUAGGCUUAUACGCUGACGGAAUGUGGGAAUACCGGUAUCCGACUCUUCAUUGGUCCCCUUUCCCUAGCAUGUUUUUCAUCCCACCUUUUCUUUGGACUUUUCUGUGCUGGCUCCCCAAAGACAGUGUGCCUGGCCUUUUCAUAUUAUGCAAAAGAGGAACCGCCAAAGAAACUGUGCUUUUAUGCAGAGGGCGCACAGGAGCCAAAAAGCAUGCUUGUGUUUCCGACUUGCACUAUCUGGUGUAAACGACAAAGUCCUGCAGCUAGACAUGUGUGUGUCUAACAUUUAACACAGUAUUAGUAGGAUUCCUGGCUACAGCUACAGUUAGUCUGCUGCGUUUUCUAUGCAUGUGGAAUUUGGCUUGGUUUGGAUGCUUGAGCUUUGCCUGUUGUGCUAUUGAAAAGGGCCGCUCUCUCACUCUUGUGAUGGUUAAAGAUGAAAAAGGACUAACUGGUGUACUCCAAGGCCCCAAGAGCUAGCUUUAUUAUCUCGUCUGCCUUCCUCAUUCCUUUAAGAGGUGUCUUCCGGUCACCCAACAUGUCAUUAGCCCAAAUGAUUCUGAAAGUAUUUGGAAAUCAGCGGACUUUAGCAUAGUGGACUUUAGAAUAAACCCUGCUGGCUGAGCAAGCUUAGGAAAAGCAGGCACCUUUAAUUGUUUGAUAUUUUUGUUUUUCAUAAUUUUUUUUGUGAGCGCAGCCUUAAGGAGAUGUGCCGGGGCGAUCUCUGUGGUCCCUGUUCAUGCAUAGGAAUUUUGGGUUUUGAAGCAUGCCUUUCUGCAAUCUCAAAAGCCUUUCAUUUAUCCUUUGUACUUAAAAAAAAUCACAUGGUUGAUUUCAGCAGGAGCUUCAUAAUGCUUUUGAAAGUUGCAGCUUUUGUCAGUGAUGUAGAUCAUCAGUAUCUUUUAUUAGACCCUGGAAAAGGGGGGCUAAAGUUGCAAUCUGAACUAUAAUGUCAGGAAAGUUACAUGCCCUCCUCGGCCAUUAGUGAAAUCUGAGUUCGACAAGACCGCUGCCCCCCAAGUGUGGUAUGUUGAAGGGUUUCUAUCUGAAAAUGUUUGGAAAACUUCAGCGUAAACUAUAGAAUGUUGGUCUUCAGCCCCUCCUGACCCACGACUCAUCUUUAACACCUAGGCAGCAGCAUCAGAGCCAAAGAGCUCCUAAGGAUAUGACAGACUUAAACAACAGGAAGAGGAGGAGCCAGAAUUAUGAGUUCUUUGCUGGGUGUCCUAGAGAAUUCACUCAGGGGCAUGAAAGAAUGGGAAGGCCAGUUUUCUUCUGCCAAAUGGGAAAUCAACUGUUCCGAUAUUUCUGGUCUCCCUUUCAAUGCACAGACACCAGAGUCACCCCCCCCCCCCCCAAAAAAAAAAAAAACAAGUCCAGGGCACUGUGAGAGCUGUUAGUAUGAUCAUCUGUUCUAUUUGGUAGCAGUGAUAUAGAAGUAACCAGGAUACUCUCUCCCUCUCGUCCCAACCUUUGAUAUUCACAGUUUUUCCCCCGCCAGUUUCUGGAUUCAAAUGGCGGUUUAAGGUUGGAUAUUAAGUCCAUUUCUGGACUUGCUUCCACUCACCCAAUGAUUCUGUUUCUGAACAGGAAGGGUCAACUCGAUUUUCGUAGGUCCGUGUCAUGUCUGCUGGACCAGGAUGGAUGAAAGAUGCUAGGUUUGCAAACAAUCAGUGGUUUCGCAUAUCCUCUGGGGUGAAAAUUUGCUAGGCAAUUCUGCGUGGUAAUUCUGCAAUUCCCUAGGCAAUUCUGCAAUUGAGCAUGGUGGCAUGGACUAACUAGCUUGGAGGGCAUCUUCAACGCUUGCAUUUUUUUAAAAAAAUCAAUUCAUCCCAUGGUUGCCCCUCUGGAACUUGUCCUAUAGGUUUCAUGUAUCCUGAUCACCAACCUCCUAAACCAUUAAAUGCCUUCUAUGGAGCUACAAUGCCUUCUAUGGAGCUACAAUGCUUCAUGCUUAUUAUUUUCAUUUUGAGGUUGACCUAUACUCAGGGUAUUCAGGGAUCUCCGUGGUGCUCUGUACUACAGGGUAGGCAGUGCGACUUUAAAGACAGAGUCCAAAGUAUCUGAGCCUUCUCCAACCAUUAAUUAAUUGCCCCACUUCCCAAGCUUUUAGUCCUCAUCUUUUCUUUGGAUGCUUGUACAUAACACUUUGCUAUUUGUUCCUUGUGUGUGUCGUGUGAAGCAAAGCUACCAAGCAACAGGGAGACGUCUCUUGAAUAUCUCUGACAACACCAGUGUGUCUUCUGCUGUCUAUUUGAAUAACUGUUCUUGGCUCUUCUGAGGGCUGAAUCAAAGCCAUUCUGGGGCUUCUUAACUCCUUACAGCCCCCCCCCCCCCGCCCUCCUCAGCAACCAUAGCAUGCAUGAACACAUGUAUGUCAGACCAUCCUCCAGGGAUUGAGAUCAGCCACAUGCCAAGUGGUUGUUUAGAUCAUAGCCAGGCUGACGUAAAGCUUUUGUAGGGGCCAGGCCUUAUCACAUGACCUGUCCAAGCCUAUCGCUGGUGGUCUCAGUUAUGCUGUAGUACUCUUCUUUUGGCUUGAGCUUAGGGAUGAAGCACAAGAUGGAUCCUAAUUCCCUCAAGGUCUGUGACCUGGAGGUUGGGGCACAUGCGGUGUUAGAAAUUGUCCUCAGGGGUACUAAUCCGUAGCCGACAUCUAUGAAAACUGUGGCUUUUCUCACACAAUCUUUUCCUUAAAAAAUGUCAUUGAAUCAUCCAGAAAUGGGGAGGCACAGCCCAUAUAUGGGGGAGGGACAGCUCCAUCCUCAUUCUUUGAGGAAGCUGUGGAACACUGGACGUACUUAGACAUCAACCAUACAAAGGGGUGAGAUCAUGGGUGGGAUGCAGCAGGGGUCAUCCCCACAGACGGGUGAGUUGAUUAUCAUCAAUUUUUCUUCUCCCUGUUGUAGACCACUGAUUCCCCCCUUCCAGUUUCCCUGGAAUAGCACGGGGGUGGGCAUUUUGGGCAUGAGUGGAGGUAAGGACGUCAAGUUGAGCAGACAUAUCUUUUCUAUCCUCUGGAAUCCAAACGAAAAUGCUUCCCACAUUCUCAGUACUGCUACAAACCAAUAUGUUGGGAGAAAGGCCGAAAAGAACCAUAUCCCUCAUUUCCCUCAAGAGAUGUGUUGACAGAACUCCCUGCAAUUUUUAUCGCUCCUAGUGGUUUUCUUCAGUUAUCGUCGAUCUUUUCAGCACAAAUAAAUACUUGGGUUUUUUGUUGUUUAAAAUGCCAUGUGGAUUUACUUCCUUGAGACAUCCUUUGCUAGCUCUCCUGCUUUUGUGGAAGAGGGCCGGAGUGGAUGAAAGCUGUGUGCAUUUAUGACAAAGCAACACACACACUUUUUGCCUGUCAUUGUUCAACAAACACUGAUAUAUCUGUACACAAAAUUAAAAAAAGAGUUGUUAAACGAA